CCUUUGUCACGUGUUCAGUAUGAGUAUUUAUGUCUAUGUCUAUAGUCAAGCACUUGUCCUGUUACGAUUCACCUUCUCACUUCCUGGUAUAGAGCCAAUCCCAGCAUUCGUUGGGUGUCACAUGUCUAGCUUUGCUGAACUCUGUGUGAAAACAAGAGGGCAGUCGUGGAAGGUGAACCAUGGGCCGCCUGGAUGGGAAAGUGAUUGUGUUGUCUGCUGCUGCGCAGGGGAUUGGACGUGCUGCAGCAAUAGCGUUUGCAAAGGAAGGAGCUCAGGUCACUGCAACAGACAUAAAUGGAGAGAAGCUGAGGGAGCUGGAUGGCAUUCAGGGAAUCAGGACUAAAGUGGUCGACGUGACUAAGAAGGACCAAGUGGAAGCCUUGGCUAAGGAGCAUGACCGGGUUGAUGUACUAUUCAAUGUUGCAGGGUUUGUGCACCAUGGCAGCAUCCUGGACUGUGAGGAGGCAGACUGGGACUUCACCAUGAAUGUAAAUGUGCGCAGCAUGUACCUCAUGAGCAAGGCUUUCCUGCCCAAGAUGUUGGAAAAGAAGUCAGGAAACAUUAUUAACAUGGCGUCUGUCGCUUCAAGCAUAAAAGGUGUUGUGAACCGAUGUGUUUACAGUACCUCGAAGGCUGCUGUGAUUGGUCUCACCAAAUCUAUAGCUGCCGAUUUUAUUGAGCAAGGCAUCCGCUGUAAUUGUGUUUGUCCUGGGACUGUCGACACUCCAUCACUGAGGGGUAGGAUCCAGGCCCAGCCUGACCCAGAACAAGCUUACAAGGAUUUUAUGAAGAGACAGAAGACCGGCAGAAUGUGCACCGCUGAAGAGGUGGCACACCUCUGUGUGUACCUGGCCUCAGAUGAGUCAGCUUAUGUGACUGGGACAGAGCACAUCAUCGACGGAGGGUGGCGACUGAACCUGAGAUUGGAGAGGCAUAAGGAAGGGAACAGCCCACCAAUGGCCAACCCCACCCCUCAGCUUUAUCUACUGUGAGAGAAGCAAGUGGAACAAUAACACUGUAGCUUUCGGCCAUGGAGGACACUCAACAGAAACCUACCACUGUGGUGGAGAAUCCUGAACCCAUUUCAGCGCCAAGCCCAGCGCCCAGUCCAGUACCCACUCCAGUACCCAGUCCAGCACCCAGCCCACUAUUGGACAGAAUUACCUUACCAACAGCAAACCAUGUGGAGCACCUGAAUGUGAACCAGAUCCAGGUGGUGGUGCGGCGCUGCUCGACCCCAAAUAUAACAGAGGAGACAACCUAUUUUAUUCCUCGCAACCCAGUGGUGGAUGCUGGCACCAAUACGGACCCGCCAGUGGUCUGUUGCCCUUUACUCCACCGAUUUUGUCCGUGUCCACCAAGAGGCCUCAUCGCCUCUCUGAUUACCAAACUCCUGUUGGCAGCUGUGCUCUUUGGAGUAGUUUGGUCUAUCACAGAGAAAGAAUGUCUUCCAGGAGGGAACCUCUUUGGCAUCACAACACUCUUCCUCUGCGCGCUCAUUGGUGGCAAAGUGGUGGCUCUCAUCCGGCUACCCAAACUCCCACCAUUCCCUCCACUUCUUGGCAUGCUGCUGAUGGGGUUCAUGCUGAGGAACAUCCCGGUCGUGACAGACGGGGUGUACAUUGACUUCAAAUGGUCUGCCUCUCUGAGGAACAUCGCUCUGGCAGUCAUCCUGGCCAGAGCUGGUCUGGGUUUGGAUCCCAAGGCUCUGAGGAAACUCAAAUCUGUGUGCUUACGCGUGGCAGCUGGGCCCUGCUUGAUCGAGGCCUCCACCACGGCGCUGAUCUCUCACUUCCUAAUGGACCUGCCCUGGGUGUGGGGCUUCAUUCUGGGUUUUGUUCUGGGCGCCGUGUCUCCCGCCGUGGUCGUUCCCUCGAUGCUGCGGCUGCAGAAAGAAGGCUACGGAGUGGAGCAGGGCAUCCCCACGCUGCUGAUGGCUGCGGGCAGCUUUGACGACAUUCUCGCCAUCACGGGGUUCACCACAUGCUUGGGCAUGGCCUUUGCCACAGGCUCCACUUGGUACAACCUCCUGCGAGGUGUGCUGGAGGUGGCUGGAGGAAUGGUUGCUGGGAUCCUCCUCGGAUUCCUCAUUCAGUACUUUCCGAGUGUCGACCAGAGGCACUUAGUGAUGAAACGCUCCUUCUUGGUCUUGGGCCUGUCUGUGUUUGCCGUGUUCGGCAGUGGCGUGGCAGGCUUUCCAGGCUCUGGAGGCCUCUGCACGCUGGUGUUGGCGUUCCUGGCCGGUCUUGGCUGGGGGGCAGAAAAGGCUCGUGUGGAGGAAGUGGUGGGCUGGGCGUGGGACGUGUUUCAGCCCCUGCUGUUCGGACUGAUCGGAGCAGAAAUUCGAGUCUCGGAGCUGGAGGGGCUGGCCGUCGGUCUGGGUAUAGCCUCUCUGCUCAUUGCUCUGCUGGUUAGAGUGCUGUUUACCUUUGUGUGUGUCUUCUGUGCGGGAUUCAACAUGAAGGAAAAAGUGUUCAUAGCCCUGGCAUGGAUGCCCAAAGCAACAGUGCAGGCGGCUAUAGGCUCCACGGCUUUAGACAUGGCCCGGACUAAGGACGACAAGCAGCUGCAGAAAUACGGCAUGGACGUGCUUACCGUGGCCGUGCUCUCCAUUCUCCUCACAGCUCCUGUCGGAGCUCUUAUUAUAGGGCUAACUGGGCCUCACCUGCUGCAGAAAACCAAGAGCUCAGCCUGCGGUGAGCGAGUCAAACCCAAUUUAUCGGCUUUUUUCCUGGGAACGGCAGCAGGAGGGGAGGAUGACAGUGAGACUCCCGUCACCUAUGAGAGCACGCUCUGACAUCAGCAUGAGACUCCUCAGAAGUCUGAGCUGUUCUUCAACCACCGCUUUUCCAUUAGUACCCACUCGGCCCCACAUGGCUCGGCUUUACAGGGUCAAGGUGCUUUUCCAUUCCGAACGAAGGCCGGACUGAUGUCAUUAACACGCGACACAAGCACGAGGCAACAAUGGAGGACACGCAGCAACCAUUAACCAUCCAAACCUCGCCGUUGGUUCACGGGUUAGUGGUCCGAAACAUUUCUGUUCACGUUAGGCGUCCAAAACAUUUCUGUUCACAUAAAUAACGAAAUCAGACAUUUGUCGUUUCUGCGUUUUUAAAAUGGGAAGGGUUCAUUGACGGAGUCGCCAUCUAAUCAUGUGACCCCCUAGCCAAUCAGAGCCUGGCAGUCUCAGCCCUGAUGGAACCCCGAAAGAGUAGGUGCUAAAGUUGUGACUGUUUAGUGGGGGCCAGCCCCAAGUGGAAACGCAAAGAGUACAGUGUAGAGCGGCAACUAGUGGAAAAGCGCCACAAGUGGCUGUCGGUCAGCUCCUGAUGAUUGAAUCAGUCUUUAUUUAUAUCCUCGGGUCUUUUCCAGGCCUCGUGCUCCAAGCUAAUGACCUAUGUCCCCCUGUCUGCACUGUCAUGCUGUUCCGCCCGACUGUCAGUGGACGUUCAGCCGGAUUUACUGUUUUAGUGAGACAUGUUAAUGGUUUACAUUUUUUGUAAAGAUAUUUUUAAAAAGUUUUUGUCUUGUCAUGUCCCCCAAAAUGUAGUACUUGCUCAUUUUUGUGUCAUUAUUUGAGGUACUUUGACUUAUAAGGUGACUCUUACAUAACAGGUGGCCCACCAAAGCAGUGUCUGGUAGGCUGUGUGAUGGAAUGUGUUGUUUUAGAUGGCUGAACAGUUUUUUGUUUUGUUUUUUCUUGUUAAACACAGUUGUUUUGUACCUGUUCAGCAAGUACGUCACCUCUUGUCCAAUGACAGCUGGAAUAGAAUCCAGUUCCCCUGCAACAUCAGUAGGAGUAAGCUGUAGAGACGAUGGAUGGACAAAGAUUUAUGCUUUAUUCAUAUUUUAGCUGUAUAAGGACAAUUGCUCAGUUUUGACUAUUCUCAGGAAAACAUAAGAACACACAUUUUUUACGGAAUGCUGCCGAAAUACCUACGAUAUCAACUACAUGCACUACGUGUCUUUGAGCGUCAUGAGUAAAUGGUGAUCCUGUCCACAUUUAUGUGAACCUAAACUUUUCUAAGUUACUGUUGACUUUUUUUUUAAACUUCAGAAGUAUGCAGUGGCACUUCGUGUGUUUUUGAUUGAUAUGGUAUACAUUGAAAUGUUGUGUAUUAGUCUAUUUAUGAGAAAUUUAAAGCAUUAUGUUUUUUUGUUUUUACAAAGCAAUAAACAUUAUGAAAUG